AUGAAGUCCGCCAUCCUCUUCACCGCCGCUGCCCUCGUUGCCAGUGCCUCUGGCCUCACUGUCAACACUCCCGUAAGCGUUUGCUCGACGAGCCCGACGGCUAUCACCUUCACGGGUGGUACUGGUAUGUCGUUUCUGUCCUUGUACAGCUUCAACCUCCAGUCGAACCCCAAUGGUGACGCUCAGCAGAGUUACGGUCCCCUCCAGAGCUCUCCGUUCACCUGGACGACUAACAUCACCUCCGGUACUGAUCUUGUCCUCACCCUCAAGGACAGCACGGGCACGACCGCUCAGUCCGGUGGUUUCAUCGUCGCGGCCGGUGACAGCAGCUGCUUGACCUCUUCUGGCUCUAGCUCUGCCGCCAGCGGCUCUUCUAGCUCAGCAGCAGGUGCCUCGUCUUCCACUUCCGCCUCUAGCUCGUCCGCUACAGCUGCUUCUUCGUCAGCCGGCUCGUCCGCCUCCUCGGGCGCUAGCUCUGCCAGCUCUGGUCGCUCUUCGGCGACCUCUGCCUCCGGCACUUCCUCGGGUGCCGCUUCCGCGACCUCGACCACCUCUGGCGCUCUGGCGAACGCUGUCAACGCUCUCGCUGCUGGUGUCGUCGGCGUCGGUGCCAUUGCCCUCCUCGCUUAA